UUAAGGCUCUUUUAGUAAAACAACUUCAACAUGUUCGCACAUAAAAUCAUACUGCUGGGUCUUCUGGCAGUUGCCGCAGCCCUGCCUUUAGACCAGACCAACUGGCAGCUUGUCCCAGGCGCCGACGGUCGUCUCCAUCUGAUCCACACAAACCCAUACAAUCUACCUCAAACCCUAGAUGACAUCCCAGAAGUUCAAUUCCAACCUGAGAGUGACAUCAUUUUUCGGCUCUUCACUCGCAGCAAUCCCACGGAACCACAGCUGAUCUCGAUCAACGACGCCGCAUCGAUCCUCAACUCCAACUUCAACCCCUCACACCCGACCCGGAUCACCAUCCACGGGUGGACCAGCAACGGCAAUGACGCCAUGAACACUAACAUCCGCAACCGUCUGCUAGCCUUCGGAGACUUCAACGUCAUCUCGGCCGAUUGGAGCGUUGCGGCCAGCAAUCCCAACUACGCGACCGCACGUAACUCCGUUGGUCCGGCCGGUUUUGGAGUCGGUCGACUGAUCGAUGAGCUGAUCGCCAACCACGGACUGGACAUCAACAACCUGUACGUCAUUGGCUUCAGCUUGGGAGCUCACGCGGCUGCCAACGCCGGUAAACACCACGGAGGUCGCAUCAACACCAUCAUUGCGCUAGAUCCAGCUGGUCCCCUGUUCUCGGCCGGACAAUCCGACGCCGUUGCGCCCACCGAUGGUUUGUACGUGGAAACGAUCAUGACCAAUGCCGGACUGCUAGGCAUCAACGUCCCGCUGGGUCAGGCAAACUUUUACGCGAACGGAGGACGAACCCAGCCCGGAUGUGGCAUCGACAUUAGCGGAAACUGUGCCCACUCGAGGGCACCGGCGUUCUAUGCGGAGUCGAUCGGAGCAACGGUUCCGUUCCGAUCAACGCGAUGCGCUAGCCAUGACGAGAUUUUGGGCGGAACGUGCACGCAGAGUGGGCCCGAUGCCAACCUGGGAGGACAGCCGUCGAACUAUGGUCGCGGAGUGGCUGGAAUCUACGCGCUGACUACGAAUGCGGAAUCGCCGUUCGCUCAGGGAUGAAUAAAAAUAGAAUAUUUUUCCCAGA